GAUCGGAGUAGAGCCACGUCACUUAAAAGAAGUCAGAAUUCCAAAAUAAUAUCCCAAAAUGAAUAUUUUCAGACUUACAGGAGAUUUAUCCCAUUUAGUGGCUAUAAUUAUUCUUCUGCAAAAGAUUUGGCAUACGAGAUCAUGUGCAGGUAUAUCAGGAAAAAGUCAGAUCCUCUUUGCUAUAGUCUACACUACUAGAUACCUUGACUUAGUGACAUCAUAUGUAUCUAUGUACAAUACUGUUAUGAAAUUUGUAUUUUUGGCCACAUCAUAUGCAACUAUUUAUUUAAUAUAUAUGAAAUUUAAAGCCACUUACGACCACAACCAUGACACAUUCAGAAUAGAAUUUCUCAUUUUGCCAUCAUUUGGUUUGGCUAUGCUCAUCAAUCACGAGUUUUCAUUUAUGGAGGUCUUGUGGACUUUCAGUAUUUAUUUGGAAUCGGUGGCUAUAUUGCCGCAAUUGUUCAUGGUCAGUAAAACAGGAGAAGCAGAAAGUAUUACUUCCCACUACUUAUUCGCAUUGGGAUCUUAUAGGGCACUAUACAUUUUGAACUGGAUCUACCGUUAUGCAACUGAAACUCACUAUGAUCUCAUCGCUAUAGUAGCCGGUGUUGUGCAGACUAUAUUAUAUUGUGACUUCUUUUAUCUUUACAUUACUAAAGUACUCAAGGGAAAGAAACUACAAUUACCCGCUUAAACCCCCUUAUAUAAGACUUAACUGUACAAACAUUUUAUUUUCAGCUAAACGGUAUUAACACAAUGAUGCCUAAUGAUCAUGUGUUUGGAUAGCAAUCAAUAUCCACAUUUUAUUUUUUGUAUAAACGUUUACCAUUUCGUCAGAAGUUUCAAUUAUAUAGGAUUAGAAUUAAAUAGUUUUUGUACAAAUUUCGUUCAUAAUAACCAGAAAAUAUAUAUUUUUGUCUUU